AUGUAUGGCUGUGUAGGUCAAAUGGCUGCUUUUGACAGCACCGAGGAGGAAUGGGCUACUUACAUUGAGAGACUUGAGCAGUACUGCCUCGCAAACGAUAUCGGGAAUGAGAGGAAGGUGGCUGUGCUUUUAAGUGUAAUGGGUCCGAAAACUUAUAAUCUGUUGCGCAGUCUAGUGGCACCGUUGAAACCCGCAGAAAAAUCAUUUAAAGAUAUUGUGGAUGUAUUGCAAGCACAUUUGAACCCAAAGCCGAUGAUUAUUGCCGAGCGGUUUCGCUUUCAUAAACGGGACCAGCAGGAACACGAGUCAAUUGCGGACUAUAUUGCUGAGCUAAGGCGGCUUACAGAGCACUGUCAUUUUGGCGAGGGCUUGUCCGACACGCUAAGAGAUCGACUCGUGUGCGGGCUUCACAACGAGAGCAUACAGAAACGGCUCCUCACAGAAAGAGAUUUAACAUUACAGCGCGCACAGGAAAUAGCGAUUUCAAUGGAAACGGCGGAAAAAGACGCCUUAGAAUUUAAGAGAAAAGUGAUUUCACAGUGCAGCCUCAAUAAGGUUGUAGCAAAGCACGCUGAGAAAAUGCCAUCCUGCUUUAGAUGUGGAAAAAAAUCGCACGUUCCGACUGAAUGUUGGUUUAAAGAUAAAGAGUGCAGACAGUGUAAUAAAAAAGGGCACAUCCAGAAAAUGUGCAGAAUGAACGAAAAUAAAGGGAAGUCACAUAAAAUGGGUAAUAAAAGCAAAAAGGUGCAUGAAAUUGAUAAAACCAACUCCAGUGACUCUGAAACUGAACAUCUGUCUUGUCUAGAGCUCCAUUCUAUUAAACACACUGACCGCAAAAAAGAUUAUAAAGAAAAAUUUCCAAAUGUGAAACUGAAAGGCACUUCAGUAAUACUAAAAACAUACACAGGUGAAAAGAUUGCUCCCAUUGGUAAGCUUAAGGUGACAGUUGUGUAUGAAAGCCAGAGACAUCUGCUGGAUUUAUAUGUGCUAUCAAGAGGAGGUGUUCCCUUAUUUGGACGUGAAUGGCUAAAAAGUAUCCAGCUUAACUGGCAGUCCAUAAAAGAAAUGCAUUUCACCUCAGGACUGAGCAUAUUUCCUAAGCAAGAAAAGCUGAAUUCACUAUUAGUUCACUAUGUACAGGUGUUCCAAGAGGGAAUUGGGACUCUCAAACAUAUCAAGGCACACAUUGCAGUGGAAGAGGAUGCACAGCCAAAGUUCCAUAAGGCUCGCCCUGUACCAUAUGCUAUUCGCCCUAAGGUUGAGGCAGAGCUCAAGCGUUUAGAAGGACAGGGUGUCCUCUCCAAAGUCAAUUGGUCUGAGUGGGCAACGCCCAUCGUGCCCAUGAUCAAGAAAAAUGGUGCUGUACGCAUCUGUGGUGACUUUAAAGUCACAUUAAAUCCUGUACUACAUGUCGACCAAUAUCCUCUACCACGCAUAGAGGAUAUCUUUGCCUCACUUGCUGGUGGCGAGAACUUUUCAAAGAUAGAUUUGUCCCAAGCAUAUUUACAGAUGGAAUUAGAGGAGUCAUCUAAAAAGUACCUCACUAUUAAUACUCACAAGGGACUCUUCCGUUAUAACAGACUGGUUUUUGGAGUUUCGUCUGCUCCUGCUAUGUGGCAGAGAGCAAUGGAUCAGGUGCUACAGGGCAUCCCUGAUACUCAGUGUUACUUAGAUGACAUAAUUGUAACUGGUACAGAUAAUAGUGCACAUCUGACAAACCUUGAAGCAGUCCUUACUAGGCUGUCAGAAUUUGGACUGAAAGCAAAUAAAAGUAAAUGCCAAUUCUUUAGGGACUCUUUAGAAUACUGUGGACAUAUUAUUGAUAAGAAUGGCCUCCAUAAAUCCCCAGACAAGAUUGAUGCUGUCCUGAAGGCACCUCAGCCUGAAAAUGUGACCCAGUUACGUUCUUUCUUGGGCCUUGUAAAUUACUACCAUCGAUUUUUGCCAAAUCUUUCAACAGUGUUGCAUCCACUAAACUGUUUGUUACAAAAAGGAAAUAAAUGGGAAUGGUCACAAGAUUGUGAACAAGCGUUUAAUACUGCCAAAUAGCUGAUUACAUCUGAUGAAGUGCUGACACAUUUUAAUCCAAAGUUGCCAUUGCGCCUGGCUUGCGAUGCAUCACCGUAUGGCAUUGGUGCUGUUCUUUCUCACAAGAUGCUUGAUGGCACAGAACGACCAAUUGCUUUUGCAUCAAGGUCUCUAAGUCCUGCUGAAAAGAAUUAUGCACAGAUAGACAGGGAAGGUCUAAGCCUAGUGUGGGCUGUAAAGAAAUGUAAUCAAUACCUAUAUGGUAAACAUUUCACAUUAGUUACUGAUCAUCAGCCCUUAGUUGCUAUUUUCAGUCCUCAUAAGUGUGUUCCAACCAUGGCUGCAGCACGCUUACAACGAUGGUCUUUGUUUUUAGGCGGCCAUGACUACCACAUUGAAUUCAGAGGCACAAAACAACAUGCAAAUGCAGAUGGACUUUCCCGUCUACCUUGUGAGUUUAAGGGAACUCAAAACCUUUCCGAUCCAGCUGAAAUUUUUCAUCUAACACAACUGGAGCCCUUACCCAUUACAAGUGCUCAAAUUCAGAAAGAGACAAGUCGAGAUCCCACUAUGGCCAAAUUAUUUGACUUGAUAAUAAAAGGUUGGCCUUCUAGAAGUGAUGCUGAUCUCCCUGAGUACUCAAAUCGACGUGACCAGUUAUCAGUGUGUCAAGGAUGCAUUAUGUGGGGCACAAGAGUGAUCGUACCACCCAAACUUCGUACAAAAAUACUUGAGGCACUUCAUGAAGGUCAUUUAGGUGUUGUAAAGAUGAAAAGCUUAGCCCGAAGCUACAUAUGGUGGCCUGGAAUUGACCUUCAAAUAGAGAAUCUGGCCAAGUCAUGCACAGGAUGCCAACAGACUCGGCGACAGCCCCAAAGCGCUCCCCUUCAUACCUGGGAAUGGCCAAGCUCUGUCUGGCAACGACUUCACAUUGACUAUGCAGGACCUUUCCAUAAUCGAAUGUUUCUCAUUGUGGUUGAUGCACAUUCAAAAUGGCCUGAAAUUUUUGCAGUAAAAAAGGCAACAUCAUCUAAAACGGUAGAUAUACUCCACACCUUAUUUGCACGUACUGGACUUCCAGAACAACUAGUCAGUGACAAUGGCACUCAGUUUACAUCUGCUGAGUUCCAGGCAUUUGUAAAAAAAAAUGGCAUUAAGCACAUCACCUCUGUUCCUUACCAUCCUGCAACAAAUGGUCUAGCUGAACGUUUUAUUCAGUCCUUCAAACUAUCUAUGAAAGUCAUGGAAAAGGAAAAAGAGUUGCUACAUGUGAAAAUUGCAGGCUUCCUUCUAGCCUAUCGAAACACAGCUCACUCAACCACAGGUCAGACUCCAGCAAUGCUUUUCCUGGGAAGAAGCUUGAGAUCACGCUUAGAUCUGCUAAAACCUGAUUUGCGUAUACAUGUGCAAAAGAAGCAGUGCUUCCAAGACCAAAAACAACGCAAGCUUAGAAUAUUUGAGGUUGGACAUAAAGUGCUUGCUAGAGACUACCGACACUCAAAUCAGAAAUGGCAACCUGGUAAGAUUGUGUCAAAGACUGGUCCACUGACAUACACAGUGCAGGUGGGGCAUGAUACAGUCUGGUGCAGACAUAUCGACCAGCUUCUAGAUGCACAAGCUCAGGAAGACACAUCACAAGACGAGGCUGAGGAGCUGAUCAUUCCUCAGAACUCAAAUGAGUUUACCUUCUUGACACCUGAUUCAUCCCUUGCUGCUGGUGAAUCUCAGCCUCAAGAAUCUGCUGAAUCAACCUCAUCUCAAAUGUCUGCUCCACCUACACAAGAAAGACGCUAUCCUGAGAGGAUUCAUAAACCUCCUGAAAGGUUGAACUUGUAG